AUGACGACUGUUCAAGAGCUAUCAGCAAGAAUAGCAAGCUCAACAACAAGUUAUGGAUCUUCAGCUCCAGGAAUCAUACCUGGAAUUUCAGGAACAUCAACUGCUUACAAUCCCAUAAAUCAACCUCCAUUAUUGCCUAACCCUACACUACCUAAUCCAAUAUAUUCCCAACCACCAACAUUUCCUACUACUUCUUUGCACCACAUGCAUCAAACAAACCCAGUUACUCCAAUAAAUCAAAACAACCAAACAACAACUACCACAUGUGGAGCACACUUCACUAAUGCAUUGGAGGCAAGGAACAAAGUAGGUUUUGUUGAUGGAACUCCUCCCAUACCAGAGGCAACAGACCCAAAUUUUGUAUUGUGGAAGCAAGCAAAUGGGAUGAUAAAAACUUGGAUCAACAACUUAGUUUCAACUGCAAUCCUAAAGAGCAUUUCAAACUGGAAGACAGCAAGAGAAUUGUGGAUUGAUCUCAAGGAUAGGUAUUCAGUGAUGAAUGAAACAAGGGUUUUCGAAAUUAUCAAAGAAAUCUGCAAUAUGAGGCAAGGUGGUGAUUUUGUGACUGACUACUAUGCAAAGUUAAAGAGUCUUUGGGAUGAAUUAGAAGACUAUGAUCAGCUGCCUUCAUGGAGUUGUGGAGGACUAGAUCAAGUCAGAUUAAAAAAGGAGAAACAAAAGGUUAUGCAAUUCCUAAUGGGAUUGAAUGACUGUUUCAGUGCUGUGAGCAAUCAAGUACUUAUCAAAGAGCCAUUUCCAGACUUGAACAAGGCUUAUAACAUAGUGAAUCAAGAGGAGAGAAAGCGGAAAAUGGGAGACAACACUGCAAGUGUUCCACAGGAGGCAAAGGCAAUGGCAGUGAAUAAAGGAAACCUCAUGGAUAGGUGCUUCAAGAUUCAUGGAUAUCCUAAUCCUAAACCACCUUACAAGAAGCAGAGACAAAACAAUUCAAACAAUAAGUCUCAUGCAGUCAAUCAAGUCAGUGGAAAUGCAAGUGAUCAAGCUGGAGCAGGAAUAACCAGUGCUCAAUAUCAGCAACUCAUGGCUUUGCUUCAAAACAAAAACAACCAGGAAGAUCAAUCUUCCACAAAACAUUUUCAGCUUGGAAAUGUGGCUUCAAUAGCCUUUACAACAGGUAAUUUUUUAAAUAAAAGCAAAAAGUAUUUACAAAAAUGGAUUAUUGAUAGUAGAGCUACAGAUCAUGUCAUAUGUCAUCCAUCCAUAUUUACAUCAUGUCAAAAUGUGCAUCAUUCAUAUGUUUAUCUUCCGAAUGGUGAUGAGCAUGCUAUAUCUCACAUUGGAGAGGUCAAAUUAACUGAAGGAAUACUGUUAAAAAAUGUCCUGUGUGUGCCUAGUGUUACUUACAAUCUUAUUUGA